AUGAUAUUGCUUGCUGGGAUAUCAUCCAAUUUAUGUUCAACAGAAGGCGUGGAACUUGACCGUAUUAGUACAGGCGAACAAUGCAAUGAUCAGAAGGAUCCUGACCAACCCAAAUGUGACCCGAUUUCUGAUUGGCAUCACUGCCAUGCAUUCCGUGACCUACUUCUUCUUGAGAACCAACUACCAUUUUCCAUUGUGAAGAGAAUAUAUGGGUUACUUGUGGGAGAAGAUGCUCCAGAUCUACUUACCGAGAAGAUUGGUGAAUAUUUAGAACUUAAUAUUCAGAAGUACACAACAGUUGCUCGUAAAUUUGAUGGGCAAAAAGACUUCCACCACUUGCUCCAGUUGUGUCAUAUGUACUUCCGACCUCAACAAAGGAUUCAACCAGAGCAACAUUUUCAAAUUAGAAACAGAUGGUUGCAUCCUCUCACUACUUUGUGGCGCACAUAUCUCAACCGGAGUUAUUUCGAAGACUUGUCUACCAAUCAGCAGACAACUCAUGUAAGUUCUUGUCAGACACUGAAUCGGUGGCGACGAGCAAAACAAUAUCAUGAAGCUGGAAUUGAGUUUAAGAGCAAAGAGCACAACAAACACAACCCACCAUCUCUUUUGGACAUAACUUUUGACAAGGGUCAGGUGCAAAUUCCAUGCUUGCUUAUUGAUGAAAAUACCAUUUGCCUCUUCAGGAACUUGGUUGCACUUGAGCAAACAUGCUCGCAGUUUGGAAAUGAUGUCACUGCCUAUAUCGCUUUUAUUUCCCAGCUUGUUAGUACACCAUGUGAUGUUGCACUGCUUGCUCGCAAAGGAAUAAUCCUGCACCACUUGCGCACCGAUGAAGAAGUGUCAACUCUUUUCAGUAGGCUGGGAAAGAAUGUGGACUUUGAUCAGAAUGGUGCACACUAUCUUAAAUCGGUUUGCUGUAUGAUGGAAGAUUAUUAUCAGAAUCGCGUAAAUAGAUGGAUGGCCUGGUUGUGGCAUAACCAUCUCAGGAAUCCGUGGUUGGUCUUGGCAGUUGUAGCAGCAGCUCUUGUUCUUCUCUGCACGGUUAUCCAAUCAUUGUUAGCCUUGCUUGCGUAUUUGGAUCAAACAACAGAUAACAGUUAG